CGUUUGACGUCAUAUGUGGGUGUGGCGGCAGGAACUCAGGGAAGCCAACUUCGUGUUUUGAGCGAGGCGAGGCACGAGGGAACUUAUUUUGCGGGCACAUACGGUGUGCUUCUGUGCCAGUUUCAAGUGCAAUUUCAGAUAUGGCCACUAUUGUACCCAAGGCAGACUUUGAUCCUGCAGAGGAUGCUCAGGCUCUGAGAGCUGCAAUGAAGGGACUAGGCACUGAUGAAGACACUAUUACCGACAUUUUAUGUGCAAGGUCCAGCUCUCAGAGAGACGUGAUCUCGGAAAAGUACAAGAAUCUUUUCGGUCGUGAUUUGGUGGAUGAUUUGAAGUCCGAACUUGGUGGGAAGUUCGAGUCCGUCAUUAUUGGCCUGAUGACUCCGUUGUACGAAUUUCUUGCGGAGGAGCUAAAGGGUGCUAUGAAAGGAGCUGGUACUGAUGAGGACACUUUGGUCGAGAUUCUUUGCACUCGAUCUAAUGAUGACAUCAACAGGAUCAAGGAAGCCUACAAGAACAAAUAUGACAAAGACCUUGAAGACGCUCUCAAAAGCGAAACAACUGGUGAUCUGGAGCGUAUCCUCGUUUCUGUGUGUUCGGCUGCCAGGGAUGAAGGGAUGCCACUUGAUUUGGAUCAAGCAGCCGAGGAUGCUCAGAAGCUCUUUGAAGCCGGGGCUGCCCAGUGGGGCACCGAUGAGAGCAUGUUCCAAAUGAUUCUGGCUUCUCGAAGUUUUGAGCAGUUGCGCCUCGUCUUCCGUGAAUACGCCAAGAUAGCCGACCAUGAUAUCAUGGAUGCCAUUGAAAAUGAAAUGUCCGGGGACUAUAAGAAUGCCCUGCUUACUAUCGUCAAGGCAGUUUACAACAUUCCCCUUUACUUUGCUGAGAAGCUGAGAAAUGCAAUGAAGGGUGCAGGAACAGACGAUCCCACCCUGAUUCGAAUUGUUGUCACACGCUCAGAGAUCGAUCUGGCCUCAAUUAAAGCAGAAUAUGUCAACGCCUUUGAGAAAACUCUGGAAGAGGCCAUUCAGGGUGAUUGUGGAGGGGACUACUGCAAAGCCCUGGUCAAAAUAGUGACUGGCAACUGAAUUCCGAAGAGAACUCCGUCCUAUUGCAGCUCUGUCCUAUAAUAUGGCUUAGUGGCGCAGAAACGAUUGUACUACUUGCAUCCUCACCAGUAUUUUGAACCUCAACACUGUUUCCCAAGACUAUUCAUCCUAUGUUUGAUGCCAGUAACAUAUUGCACAUUGUCAUCAGAAACUCACUUACAUUACACACUGUGAAACGUUGCUGAAGAAAUUAACAGAAUGGCAGACCAAAAUAAUUCUACAGAGUUGCCAAAUGGCCUGGAACGUGUCCAGAUGUUACUGCCCUCAUGCAUUUACCACAUUCGAGACAUCACCUGUGUGCAAAGUUUGCCCUCUGCCUCCUAAGAGCAAAAGGAAGUCUACUUAGGACAUAUUUUCUUCCUUUCUUGUGGCUCGUUGGAUGUGAAACAGGAGGUUAUAAGCGUAGUUUGCUGCUAGACAAUGCUGCAAAAUGUGCUACUGGAGUUGCAAUGCUGCUAUGCCUUAGAUAACAUGCCUUACGGAUGAAAUAUUGCACGUACCUACUCACUUUUGCUGCUCUAUGGCGUACAGUGUUGUACUCGUAGACUUAAUACCAUUAGAACAAUGCCCUAGCGUAUAGAGUCUAUAUCCCAGUUAAUUGACUAGGGUACCAGCAUAGUUUGCAGAGUAUAAAUCCUGACAGCACUGGCCUGUAUGCCUAUAUAGUUUUUAGUAGUCUUUGUCUCAAACUUUGAUAGUCCUGCCUGUAUGCCUUAUAAGCUGUGGUUAGAGGAAUGCAUAAAUGCAGGUGCGGUGCAGCUAUAUUUCAUAAAUGAAUAGUAAAUUUACUCUACCAAAUGUGAUGAGCUCGCUAUUUUUUUUUAAAGGGUCGCACCCUAACAAAACAUAUAUUUUGCUAAAGCUGUAACAUGCACAUGAUGCACAAUUUUAUGUUAAUGUUAUACAUUUUUAUGCUGUUUAUGCUAUGUUUCUUUUUGGUAAACCUGUUUAGGGGAAUAAAAUUUGGAGGUGCCUUUA